AAGAAGGAGUACUUCCAGCUGAACAGAGACGCGAGCAGAGCAGACGUCCUUCUCACGCAGAUGUUCCCAGCUCACGUGGCGGACGCGCUCAAGAGGGGAGAGAAGGUGAAGCCUGAGGAGAAGGAGAACGUGACGAUCUUCUUCUCCGACAUCGUCAACUUCACUUCCAUCAGCUCCCGCGUCUCUGCCGACAAGAUCUCCCAUAUGCUCAACACCCUCUACACCGCCUUCGACGCCCUGGUCGAGAAGCACGGCAUCUACAAGCUCGAGACCAUCGGCGACGCCUACAUGGCUGCUGCCAACCUCGUGCUGCCGCAGGAGGAGGACCAUGCGCUGAGGGUCGCAGGCUUCGCUCUAGAUGCCGUGGAGGCAGCCAGUAACAUCCUCCUCGACGAUGAUCAGCCGCAGCUGGGCACAGUGACGCUGCGAGUUGGGAUACACAGCGGGCCAGUGGUGGCGAGUCUGAUCGGAACUCAGAAGCUCAAGUACACCUUGUUCGGAGACACGAUGAACGUCUCCUCGAGGAUGGAGUCCUCGUCCCUGCCCGGGAAAAUCCAAUGCUCUAAGGUGACGAUUCUUAGGGGGGCAGACUCGCACAUCAUCGUUACCGAGAGAGGAGAAAUUCCCAUCAAGGGCAAGGGCAUCAUGACCACCUAC